AUGAUCCUGAUGAUUAUGCUGACAACGGGCCUGGAUCUAGCGGACCUCGCAAUGAGUUGUUCACGCUGUCUGAAGUGGAUGGUGAUGAACGCCGUGAUUUCCCUGAAGAGGAACUUGGCUGAUUUGUGGACACCCAAGAACGCAACAGAGCAGCGGCCUUCCAAGAUAGCAUUGCAGAAGCAAUGUGGAGUCAAUAUAUUGCCAGUGGCAGUAGCAAUAGUGAAUAAAAAUUACUAG